AUGUCACCCGGCCCUCUCUGCAGUGACCCUGCACAGCAAAGGAUGCUGGGAAAUAACAAACACUAUUAUCCUGGGGAGGACGACAAGGAUGGGGAGGAAGAGGAAGAGGAGCAGGGACAAGAGAACAGAAAGGGGGAGGGUAGAGAGAAGGAGAACGGAGGGAUGGAAGGGCUCGAGGAGAUUGAGAUGAAGGGAGGUAGACAAUCACACGAAGGUAAAGGAGAGGGAGGUAAACCCUCAGCCAUUGUGGUCGGAAGACAGAGAGGAGACCGGACGCUGAGGCCAGACAAUCCAGGAAAUAGAGGCAUCCCUUAUACGUCCAAUCAGGCCCCCCAUAAGCAGCAGCACCAGCAGCAGUAUCACCCGGCCCCGGCCCCGGCCCCGUCAACUCAGACCCAGAAAAGACGUGCUCACAUGGAGCGCAGUAUGACCACAGUGGCACCCAUAGAGGACACUCGACUGACCAUGAUGGUGUUCCGCAUUGGAAUCCCUGACAUCAAACAGACAGUAGGUGCAUGUUUCAUGGUACUGCUAAGUACAAGUAUGUCAAGCUGUUAUUAUAUACUUCUUACAUUACUAUCAUUACAUAAUACAGUGUAACAGCCAAGCCCAGGCCAGAGAUAAACCCUGAGGGGAACCAUAUUCCAUUCAGAACAACCAUCUCUGUCACAUACAGUGCCUUCAUAAGGUAUUCAUACCCCUUGACUUAUUCCACAUUUUGUUACAGCCUGAAUUCAAAAUGGAUUAAAUAUGUUUUUUUCUCACCCAUCUACACACAAUACCCCAUAAUGACAAACUGAAAACGUGUUUGCAAAUGUAGUGAAAAUGAAAUACAUACAAAUCUAAUUUGCGUAAGUAUUCACACCCCUGAGUCAAUACUUUGUAGAAGCACCUUUGGCGGCGAUUACAGCUGUGCACACCUGGAUUCUACAAUAUUUGCCCAAUAUUCUUUAAAACAUUCUUCAAGCUCUGUCAAGUUGACUCUUGAUCAUUGCUAGACAGACAAGUCUUGUGAUAGAUUUUCAAGCCGAUUUAAGUCAAAACUGUAACUAGGCCACUCAGGAUCAUUCAAUGCCGUCUUGGUAAGCAACUCCAGUGUAGAUUUGGCCUUGUGUUUUAGGUUAAUCUCCUAUUGUCUGUUGGAAAGCAGACUGAACCAAGUUUUCCUCUAGGAUUUUGCUUGUGCUUAUAGCUGUAUUCUGUUUCUUUUUAUCCUAAAAAACUCCCUAGUCCUUGCCGAUGACAAGCAUACCCAUAACAUGAUGCAGCCACCGUAAUGCUUGAAAAUAUGAAGAGUGGCACUCAGUGAUGUGUUGUGUUGGAUUUGCCCCAAACAUGACACUUUGUAUUCUGGACAAAAAGUUCAUUUCUUUGCCACAUUUUUUGCAGUAUUAUUUAAGUGCCUUGUUGCAAACAGGAUGCAUCUUUUUUGGAAUAUUUUUUAUUCUGUACAGGCUUCCUUCUUUUCACUCUGUCAUUUAGGUUAGUAUUGUGGAGUAACUACAAUGUUGUUGAUCCAUCCUCAGUUUUCUCAUAUCACAACCAUUAAACUCUGUAACUGUUUUAAAAUCACCAUUGGCCUCAUGGUGAAAUCACUGAGCAGUUUCCUUCCUCUCCGGCAACUGAGUUAGGAAGGACGCCUGUAUCUUUGUAGUGACCGGGUGUAUUGAUAGACCAUCCAAAGUGUAAUUAUUAACUUCACCAUGCUCAAAAGGAUAUUCUAUGUCUGCCUUUCUAAUUUUUACCGAUCUACCAAUAGUUGCCCUUCUUUGCAAGGCAUUGGAAAACCUCCCUGGUCUUUGUGGUUGAAUCUGUGUUUGAAAAUUCACUGCUCGACUGAGGGACCUUACAGAUAAUUGUAUGUGUGGGUUACAGAGAUGAGGUAGUCAUUCAAAAAUCAUGUUAAAUACUAUUAUUGCACACAGAGUGAGUCCAGGCAACUCAUUAUGUGACUUGUUAAGCACAUUUUUACUCCUGAACUUAUUUAGGCUUGCCAUAACAAAUGGGUUGAAUACUUAUUGACUCAAGACAUUUCAGCUUUUAAUUGUUUAUUAAUUUCUACUAACAAAAUUCCACUUUGACAGCGUGGGGCAUUGUGUGUAGAUCAGUGACACAAAAUCUAAAUGUAAUCAAUUUUGCACUGUAGGUUAUGUAUCCAUAAAGAACAGAAAUCAAUGGAGACUUGACUCACUUAAUAAUCCAAAGUAAUUGACAGCCUAAAGACAUUCAUUAUGGUCAAAAUUACAGUGUUCUCUCGUCUCACUAAAGUUAGCAAUGAUUUGCUAUUUCAGAUGCUUUCUUGGUAUUGCAUAGGUAGGUGAGAUUGUGGGUGAGAAUUGGCCAACCAAUCAGUCCGUAUAGCGUCAUUUCAGGUGAAAAUGGGUGCCCUAUGCUAACCCUUCCCCCGUUAUGAAUCUUCUCCGUACUCCAAUUCCCAGAACAUUCCCAACUGUUCUACAUGUCAGCUAAUCUGCCCUCAAUAUAACAGUAAUUUUUCAUUAUCUAAUAUGGUUUUAAUGAGUUUGGGGAGGGCUGGGAAGUGAGCAGCAGUGUGAAAGGCGUAAACACCAAAAGGGCAUUUGGUGUCUUGGUCUUAAAGCAGCUUCACCAACGAAUACCUAGACCGCCCACUACCCACCCCAACAAACACUUACAGUACCUCACACAGGAAAUAUAAUUGUUUUGAAAUUAGAGGAGGAUGGAGAGAAUGAGGGAGUGUAGUGCAUGCUAUAGGCUGAAAGAGAGAGAGAGAAGGAGAGGGGGAGAGAGAGACGCACAGGAUAUUAGAAAGGGAGAGGCAAAAAGAGGCAUGACUAGGCAAAUAGAGGGGGAUUGAGAUCAGGUCACACAAAAUACAUCUGUACAUUGAUUAAUCUCUCAGUUAUUUAUGUCUGAACAAUGCUAUAUUCAAUGUAAUGAGGACAGAUGCUGAGAGCAUCCCAGAAAACCCUGUCGGAAACAACAGAAUGAUGGGGAGGAAGUCGCACACUCGUAUACAGUGCCUUCAGAAAGUAUUCAUACCCCUUCACUUAUUCGACAUUUAUAUGUAGUCCCGUGUAGCUCAGUUGGUAGAGCAUGGCGCUUGUAACGCCAGGGUUGUGGGUCCGAUUCCCAAGGAGGAGCAGUAUGUAAAAAAAAAAAUGGUAUGCACUCACUAACUGUAAGUCGCUCUGGAUAAGAGCGUCUGCUAAAUAAUUAAAAAAAAAAUUAUAAUAAUAACAUGAUGCAGCCAACACCAUGCUUGAAACUGUGAAGAGUGGUACUCCGUGAUGUGUUGGAUUUGCCCCAAACGUGACGCUUUGUAUUCUGGACAAAAAGUAAAUUUCUUUGCCACAUUUUUUGCAGUAUUACUUAAGUGCCUUUUUGCAAACAGGAUGCAUGUUUUGGAAUACUUUUAUUCAGUACAGGCUUCCUUCUUUUCACUCUGUCAUUUAGGUUAGUAUUGUGGAAUAACUACAAUAUUGUUGAUCCAUCCUCAGUUUUCUCAUAUCACAACCAUUAAACUCUGUAACUGUUUUAAAAUCACCAUUGGCCUCAUGGUGAAAUCCCUGAGCAGUUUCCUUCCUCUCUGGCAACUGAGUUAGGAAGGACGCCUGUAUCUUUGUAAUGACUGGGUGUAUUGAUACACCAUCUAAAGUGUAAUUAAUAACUUCACCAUGCUCAAAAGGAUAUUCAGCGUCUGCUUAUUUUAUUUUACACAAAUACCAAACGGUGCCCUUCUUUGCGAGGGAUUGAAAAACCUCCCUGGUCUGUGUGGUUGAAUCUGUGCUUGAAAUUCACUACUCGAUUGAGGGACCUUACAGAUAAUUGUAUAUAUGGGGUACAGAGAUGGGCUUGUCAUUCACAGAUCAUGUUAACCACUAUUAUUGAACACGGAAUGAGUCCAUGCAACUUAUUAUGCAAUUUGUUAAGCACACUUAUUUAGGCUUGCCAUAACAAAGGGGUUGAAUACUUAUUGACUCAAGCUUUUAAUUUGUUAUCGUUAUUCUACAAACAAAAUUCCACUUUGACAUUAUGGGGUACUGUGUGUAGAUCAGUGACACAAAAUCUAAAUUUAAUCAAUUUUAAAUUCAGGCUGUAACACAACACAAUGUGGAAAAAGUAAAGGGGUGUGAAUACUUUCUGAAGGCACUGUAUAUUACAUUAGCUCCACUCUCUCCAAGGGAUUACACACACACACACGUCUUGCAUACACAUGUCUCGCACACACACACACAAACGCGUCACACACACACACACACACACACACACACACACACACACACACACACACACACACACACACACACACACACACACACACACACACACACACACACACACACAGACACACACAGACACGGACACGGACACAGACACACACACAGACACACGCACACACACAUUCACACACAACCCCCCUCAUAUGGUUUACCUCCCAGAGAACACCAAGGCAUUGCUACGGCAACGGGUGCCUUGCUCCUCUAAUGAACUCGUUGCCAUGCCAAUGCUGUUGGCUACAGUAUCAAAUGUAGAGGCAGAGGGGGAGAGGAGGGAGACAAGGAACUAUGCUGAACUGUACAAUUUUAUUUACAGAUCAUAAGCAUGGGAUAAUAGCUCUGUAUGUACAGUGGGGAAAAAAAGUAUUUAGUCAGCCACCAAUUGUGCAAGUUCUCCCACUUAAAAAGAUGAGAGAGGCCUGUAAUUUUCAUCAUAGGUACACGUCAACUAUGACAGACAAAAUGAGAGAAAAAAAAAAAAAUCCAGAAAAUCACAUUGUAGGAUUUUUAAUGAAUUUAUUUGCAAAAUAUGGUGGAAAACAAGUAUUUGGUCAAUAACAAAAGUUUCUCAAUACUUUGUUAUAUACCCUUUGUUGGCAAUGAGACAGGUCAAACGUUUUCUGUAAGUCUUCACAAGGUUUUCACACACUGUUGCUGGUAUUUUGGCCCAUUCCUCCAUGCAGAUCUCCUCUAGAGCAGUGAUGUUUUGGGGCUGUCGCUGGGCAACACGGACUUUCAACUCCCUCCAAAGAUUUUCUAUGGGGUUGAGAUCUGGAGACUGGCUAGGCCACUCCAGGACCUUGAAAUGCUUCUUACGAAGCCACUCCUUCGUUGCCCGGGCGGUGUGUUUGGGAUCAUUGUCAUGCUGAAAGACCCAGCCACGUUUCAUCUUCAAUGCCCUUGCUGAUGGAAGGAGGUUUUCACUCAAAAUCUCACGAUACAUGGCCCCAUUCAUUCUUUCCUUUACACGGAUCAGUCGUCCUGGUCUUUGCAGAAAAACAGCCCCAAAGCAUGAUGUUUCCACCCCCAUGCUUCACAGUAGGUAUGGUGUUCUUUGGAUGCAACUCAGCAUUCUUUGUCCUCCAAACACGACGAGUUGAGUUUUUACCAAAAAGUUAUAUUUUGGUUUCAUCUGACCAUAUGACAUUCUCUCAAUCCUCUUCUGGAUCAUCCAAAUGCACUCUAGCAAACUUCAGACGGGCCUGGACAUGUACUGGCUUAAGCAGGGGGACACGUCUGGCACUGCAGGAUUUGAGUCCCUGGCGGCGUAGUGUGUUACUGAUGGUAGGCUUUGUUACUUUGGUCCCAGCUCUCUGCAGGUCAUUCACUAAGUCCCCCCGUGUGGUUCUGGGAUUUUUGCUCACCGUUCUUGUGAUCAUUUGUACCCUACGGGGUGAGAUCUUGCGUGGAGCCCCAGAUCGAGGGAGAUUAUCAGUGGUCUUGUAUGUCUUCCAUUUCCUAAUAAUUGCUGCCACAGUUGAUUUCUUCAAACCAAGCUGCUUACCUAUUGCAGAUUCAGUCUUCCCAGCCUGGUGCAGGUCUACAAUUUUGUUUCUGGUGUCCUUUGACAGCUCUUUGGUCUUGGCCAUAGUGGAGUUUGGAGUGUGACUGUUUGAGGUUGUGGACAGGUGUCUUUUAUACUGAUAACAAGUUCAAACAGGUGCCAUUAAUACAGGUAACGAGUGGAGGACAGAGGAGCCUCUUAAAGAAGAAGUUACAGGUCUGUGAGAGCCAGAAAUCUUGCUUGUUUGUAGGUGACCAAAUACUUAUUUUCCACCAUAAUUUGCAAAUAAAUUCAUUAAAAAUCCUACAAUGUGAUUUUCGGGAUUUUUUUUCUCUCAAUUUGUCUGUCAUAGUUGACGUGUACCUAUGAUGAAAAUUACAGGCCUCUCUCAUCUUUUUAAGUGGGAGAACUUGCACAAUUGGUGGCUGACUAAAUACUUUUUUUCCCCACUGUAUCUCACUGAACCCCUACUACUCUACACACAUGUCGUUCCAAGAAAAAAAUGAUAGAAAAUGUUGUCCCAAGAAAAUAAACGUUUGAAAUAAAUAAUAUAAAAAUAGAUUCCAUAAACAUCAGCGUAAAAUCUCAUUAGUGCUACCAGAUGCAUAUAAAAACAUCAAAGACAUUGUCCAUUGUGACCAGAAAGCCUCUAGUGUAUCAAACACAGACAUGUGUGGGGGAAAAGCGCUUUAUCCUCCAAAGAAGUAAAAAAAAAAAAUCUAUAUUUCCAAUUGAUUGCAAUGCAGGUCUAGGCUUAUGGCAUAGGUACAAUUGGUUUAGAUGAGAGGUGAACCAUGAGGUGAUGGCGGCGGAUGAAUGGCACGACAAUUGGCCUCAGGAUCUCAUCAUGGUAUCUCUGUGCAUUCAAAUGGCCAUCAAUAAAAUGCAAUUGGAUUCGUUGUCCGUAGCUUAUGCCUGCCCAUACCAUAAACCCACCGCCACCAUAGGGCACUCUUUUCACAACGUUGACAUCAGCAAACCACUCACCCACAUGACUUCAUACACGCUGUCUGCCAUCACCGGGAUUCAUCUGUGAAGAGCACACUUCUCCAACAUGCCAGUGACCAUUGAAGGUGAGCAUUAGCCCACUGAAGUCGGUUACGACGCCGAACUUAGGUGCUUAUGGUAGAAAAAUUUACAUUUAAUUAUCUGGCAACAGCUCUGGUGGACAUUCCUGCAGUCAGCAUGCCAAUUGCACGCUCCCUCAAAACUUGAGACGUCUGUGGCAUUGUGUUGUGUGACAAAACUGCACAUUUUAGAGUGGCCUUUUAUUGUCCCUAGCAAAAGAUGCACCUGUGUAAUGAUCAUGCUGUUUAAUCAGCUUCUUGAUAUGCCACACCUGUCAGGUUGAUGGAUUUUCUUGGUAAAGGAGAAAUGCUCACUAACAGGGAUGUAAACAAAUUUGUGCACAAAAUUUGAGAUAAAUAAGCUUUUUGUGCAUAUGGAACAUUUCUGGGAUCUCUUAUUUCCCAGAAUGAAAUGUUCAGUGUACACAUUCAAUAUAUUCAAAUGAGUCGGACUGGUGAUAGUGAAUCAGUAGCUUUAGAGUUAAUGAGCACAUUUGAUGUUCAGUAGUUAGUAGGCCUAUGCUAGCUCAGUUAAAUUAUUAAUUUAUUUCAAGAAGCAUAAGCAUGAUUAUUGUCAGCUUUAAAGUGCCAUCAAUAGAAAGGUGAAACCAAUUUUCAUAAAGUACUACAUCUACUUUUAAUACAAAAACUUGUCAAUCAUGAGCCGUAAAUAAAGCCUCAAUGUCACCACAUUUUACAUAAUUAACUGUCAUUGUGCUUUAGAUUUGGAUCACAGAUUGUAUGUCAAGCUAAUUAUACACCUUUCAGUCAAAUCAAAUGGCAUUUAAAAUGUAGAACUCACCUUUGACCCACUUCUUGCUUCCAUCCUACACACACGCAUGCACACACACACACACACACACACACACACACACACACACACACACACACACACACACACACCACCUUGAAAACAAUACAUUCAUGAUCUCCCUCUUAUCAACUGUUCACUGUGCUGUCUUGUCUCUUGUCUCCUCCCUCGGUCAGAGGUGUCUGCAGUUUGACCCUGACUUCACAGUGUGGAGCGCCAAGCAGGAGGUAAUCUGUUCGCUGGGCGAGCCACUGUGGGACGUCUUCAACUAUGGCCUCUUUCAGCCCGCCGGAGAUGGACGCGACGCCAUGUUCCUGGAGGAGGAGCGCUGCCUCCGAGAUUACCCACAGUCCUUUGAGAAAGGGGUGCCUUACCUGGAGGUAUUUUGAUGGGAGACACUGGGAAAACGUUGUUAGAUAGUGAUGCAGUAAAAAUAUGUUUAUCCCAUUUAGCCUUUUCAGGAAGAUCAUUUCAAAACUCACUUUGACUAAUGGGCUGCCACAAGUCAGAUUUCCAUUGAAUUUUUUUUCACAUACUUGGUAUGCAUGGAUUUUACCUCCACCAUAACCACAACCACCUUGUAGGAGCGAAACAGAUUUCUUAUAGAUGUAUUUAACAUACAUCUGGGUUUUAGUGGGUUUGCAGUGCAUGGGUGUGACUUAGAUUUUUCACUGUGGAGCUUCACAUACUAUAAAAGCGAUGUACAGUACUGUGAUACCCAUACACUGAUAUUAUGAUGCCCUCUGGUGGUGCCUCUUUUGCAAGUGUUCAGGGUGGGGUUCCAAAUAUGUAACAGAUCAGGGUUAGGGUUGAUUCCAGAGGCACUACAGUGUUUAGUUUAGGCCAAGUUGGAGCCAGGAGUAUGAAAACAAAUGUGGUUCUUAUCCUUCAGAUGGUUUAAAAUAUUUAAAUAAAUGUUUUACCAUACAUUCUUUCUGUUUUACAGUUUAGGUACAAGACCAGGGUAUACAAGCAGACAAACCUGGAUGAAAAACUACUUACAAAAUUGCACACCAAGGUACUUCCUAUUUUGCUAUAAUAUUCUCAUGUCCCUUUGUAGGUGAAACAUAUUUGUACAGCUAUGGUAAUGAAUGUUCCUAGCUAACAACAAACGUUCCCACAACUUUAGAGAAUGAUCCCUUAAGAUUCUCAUUAGGUCAUUAACUUACGUUUUCAUAGGAAUCUUCCUGUGAUGUGCAAGGAAUGUUUCCAAGGAACCAUUCCCUUAAUGUCAAUUAGAACCAGAACGUGGUUACCAUGUUCUCAGAACUUAAGAUAUGAAUGUUCUAGAAACGUUUCAUUGGCACGUUCCAAGAACAUUAAUGUGUCCAGUUUUCUGUGGGUUUGGAGAAUAUUCCAUCAACGUCCCACCAAACACACAAAAAAUAAGCAAAUGGUCUAGAGAUAUCCCUUAUUGGGACAGUGUUUAGGGCAUUUGUCAUUGAUGCUGGUGUCCUAGGUUCGAGACCUGCUAGGGGAUUCACCCUACUCUCACAUUCUUCGCAAUGUAUACUACCAGUCAAAAGUUUGGACACACCUACGCAUUCAAGGAUUUUUCUUUAUUUUUACUAUUUUCUACAUUGUACAAUAAUAGUGAAGACAUCAAAACUAUGAAAUAACACAUAUGGAAUCAUUUAGUAACCAAAGAAGUGUUAAACAAAUCAAAAUAUAUUUUAUAUUUGAGAUUCUUCAAAUAGCCACCCUUUGCCUUGAUGACUGCUUUGCACACUCUUGGCAUUCUCUCAACCAGCUUCACCUGGAAUGCUUUUCCAACAGUCUUGAAGGAGUUCCCACAUAUGCUGAGAACUUGUUGCUGCUUUUCCUUCACUCUGCGGUCCGACUCAUCCCAAACCAUCUCAAUUGGGUUGAGUUCGGGGGAUUGUGGAGGCCAGGUGCAGCACUCCAUCACUCUCCUUCUUGGUAAAAUAGCCCUUACACAGCCUGGAGGAGUGUUGGGUCAUUGUCCUGUUGAAAAACAAAUGAUAGCGUAUCGCUGCAGAAUGCUGUGGUAGCCAUGCUGGUUAAGUGUGCCUUGAAUUCUAAAUAACUCAGACAGUGUCACCAGCAAAGCACUCCCACACCCUAACACCUCCUCCUCCAUGCUUUACGGUGGGAAAUACACAUGUGGAGAUCAUCCAUUCACCCACACGGCGUCUCACAAAGACAGAGCGGUUGGAACCAAAAAUCGCAAAUUUGGACUCCAGACCAAAGGACAGAUUUCCACCGGUCUAAUGUCCAUUGCUUUUGUUUCUUGGCCCAAGCAAGUCACUUCUUCUUAUUGGUUUCUUUUAGUAGUGGUUUCUUUGCAGCAAUUCGACCAUGAAGGCCUGAUUCACACAGUCUCCUCUGAACAGUUGAUGUUGAGAUGUGUCUGUUACUUGAACUCUGUGAAGCAUUUAUUUGGGCUGCAAUUUCUGAGGCUGGUAACUCUAAUGAACUUAUCCUCUGCAGCAGAGGUAACUCUGGGUCUUCCAUUCUUAAAAUGUUCCAGAUUUACUGACCUUCAUGUCUUUAAGUAAUGAUGGACUGUCGUUUCUCUUUGCUUAUUUGAGCUGUUCUUGCCAUAAUAUGGACUUGGUCUUUUACCAAAUAGGGCUAUCUUCUGUAUAACCCCCUACCUUGUCACAACACAACUGAUUGGCUCAAACGCAUUAAGAAGGACAGAAAUUCCACAAAUUAACUUUUAAGAAGGCCCACCUGUUAAUUGAAAUGCAUUAUAGGUGACUACCUCAUGAAGCUGGUUGAGAGAAUGCCAUGAGUGUGUAAAGCUGUCAUCAAGGCAAAGGGUGGCUAUUUGAAGAAUCUCAAAUAUAAAAUAUAUUUUGAUUUGUUUAACACUUUUUUGGUUACUAUGUGUUAUUUCAUAGUUUUGAUGUCUUCACUAUUAUUCUACAAUGUAGAAAGUAGUAAAAAUAAAUAAAAACCCUUGAAUGAGUAGGUGUGUCCAAACUUUUGACUGGUACUGUAUAUGUUAAUGUCAUUAUUGCUGUUUUGAAUUGCAUUUAUCUAUCAAGGCUCAGAAACGGCAGGCAGGCUCAGAGGGUACAGAAACGGCAGGCAGGAUGGGUCAGGGCAGGCAGAAUGGUCAAAACAGGGAACAACUGGAAAACAGGGACUAGAGCAAAACAGGAAUACGGGAAAAACGCGGGUAAGCUUGACGACACAAGACGAACUGGUAACAGACAAACAGAAAACACUGGUAUAAAUACACAGGGGAUAAUGGGGACAAAUGAGAGACACAAACAGGAGACAAAGGGCUGUGAGACAUAGGUUUAAUCCUAGACACAUGAAAAGUGGGAUGUAUAUGAAGGGUACGGGGCAACAGAAGAUGAACAGCAGAGGGGCUAAGGAUCUUGGAGUUGGGGAAAGGGCCGAUAAACGGGGGGAAAGUUUGCAGGACUCGGAGGGGCAGAUCCCGAGUGGACAGCCAUACCCUCUGCCCGAGACGAUACCGGGGACCCGGGGUCCGGUGGCGGUCCGCCUGUCGUCGAUACCUGGACGUGGUCUUCAGAAGAGCCGCCCGGGCUCUCUUCCAGGUACGGCGACAGCGGUGGACAAACAUCUGGGCCGAGGGUAUGCCGACGUCUUCCUCUUGCUCCAGGAAGAGCUGGGGCUGAUAUCCCAGGGGCGAGAGACCAGUGGCAGAGCAGGGAAGGGUGUUGCGGGCGUACUCAACCCACACGAGUUGCUGGCUCCAAGUGGUGGGGUUGGUGGAGACAAGGCAGUGAAGAGUCAUCUCCACGUCCUGAUUGGCUCGCUCCGACUGGCCAUUAGACUGGGGGUGGAACCCGGAGGACAGGCUGACCGACGACCCAAUGAGCAUGCAGAACGCCUUCCAGAACCGGGACGAGAACUGAGGACCCCGGUCAGACACCAUCUCCACCGGGAGUCCAUGGAUCCGUAAGACAUGCUGCACAAUGAGUUGGGCCGUCUCUUUGGCAGAAGAUAGUUUGGGGAGAGGAAUGAAAUGGGCGGCAUUGGAAAACUGGUCCACCACAGUAAGGAUGACGGUGUUGCCAUCAGACGGGGGGAGACCAGUGACGAAGUCCAGGGAUAUGUGUGACCAGGGACGGUGAGGGACAGGAAGGGGUUGAAGGAGACCUGCCGGAAAGGAGUCUUAUUCUGCACACAGAUCGUGCAGGCGGCGACGAACGCGGCGACGUCAGGGACCAUGGUAGGCCACCAAAAGCGUUGUCGCACAAAGGCCAGGGUCCGACGGGAACCCGGGUGGUAGUUAAGCCUGGAGGAGUGGGCCCACUCCAGGACCGAGGGGCGGACAGCGUCAGGACAAACAUCUGGUUAUCUGGGCCCCCCCUGGGGUUCGGCUGGGAACGCUGCGCCUCAUGGACCUGCUUCUCAAUUCUCCAGCUGAGAGCCGCCGCCAGACACAAGGUGGGGAGGAUGGUCUCGGGGUCUGAUGGGGUAGCCGCGGGGCUAUAGCGGCGUGAGAGCACAUCCGGCUUGAUAUUCUUGGAACCCGGGCAGUAGGAGAGGGAGAAGUUAAACCGGGUGAAAAGCAGGGCCCACCUAGCUUGUCUGGAAUUGAGACGCUUGGCGGUGCGGAGUUAUUCCAGGUUCUUAUGAUCCGUCCACACAAUUAAAGGAUGUUCCGCCCACUCCAACCAGUGCCUCCAUUCCUCCAACGCCAUCUUCUCCGCGAGAAGCUCACAUUUCCCCACAUCAUAAUUCCUCUCCGUGGCAUUAAGACGAUGGUAGAAGAAGGCACAGGGAUGCAGCUUGAGGUCUAUGUCAGAAUGCUGGGACAGGACAGCCCCUACUCCAACAUCCGAAGCGUCCACCACGAACUGACGGAAUGGGUCAGGAUGAACUAAUAUGGGAGCUGUGGUGAUGCGGUGUUUGAGGUCCGGGAACGCCCGGUCCGCAGCUGGGGACCACGUGAAUGGAACCUUGGGAGAGGUGAGUGCAGACAGGGGAGAAGCCAGGGUGCUGUAACCCCGGAUAAGGCGGCGAUAAAAAUGGGCAAAUCCCAGGAAACGUUGCAGCUGCACUCUGGAUGUAGGUUGGGGCCAAUCCACCAACGUUCUCACCUUUCCGGGAUCCAUCUGUACAUUCCCCGCAGCGAUGAUGUAACCAAGAACGCUGGUUCUCCAGGAGGCGCUGGAGGACCUGUCGGACGUGGAGCACGUGUUCUUGGGAUGAGCGGGAGAAAAUGAGGAUGUCGUCGAGGUAGACUAAGACAAAUCAGGGCCUGGAACACAGCUGGAGCAUUGGUAAGACCAAAUGGCAUGACCAGAUAUUCGUAGUGACUGCUGGCCGUGUUGAAGUCAGUCUUCCACUCGUCCCAUUCCCGUAUCCGCACCAGGUAGUAGGCAUUCCGCAGGUCCAACUUGGAGAAAACGGUGGCCCCCUGGAGCGGCUCGAAGGCAGAGGCGAUGAGUGGUAGCAGGUAGCGGUUCUUAACCGUGAUGUCAUUGAGGCCUCAGUAGUUGAAGCUCGUGCGCAGGGUUUUGUUCUUCUUCUCCACAAAGAAGAACCCUGCGCUGGAGGGGGAGGCAGAAGCCAGGACAAACCCUGCAGCCAGAGAGUCCUCGAUGUAGGUCUCCUUAGCCUUGGUCUCUGGACCCGACAGUGAAUACAGUCAUCCCGGGAGCCCGGGAGAAGGUUAAUCCCGCAGUCAUAGGGUUGUUGCAGAGGAAGCGAAGUGGCCCGAGCCUUACUAAAAAUCUCCCGGAGGUUCUAGUACUCUGCGGGAAUGGCGGAGAGGUCCAGGGCAACAUUCCCGAGCCCACAGGAAGAUGUCCCGGGGCAGGCUGUGCCGACUUCAGGCAAUGGGUGUGGCAGAACGGGCUCCAGCCCAUGAUGGCACCAGCAGUCCAGUUGAUGAGGGGAUUGUGUCGCUGGAGCCAAGACAAUCCCAAUACCACAGGAACCUGAGGGGACUUAAUAAGCAGGAAUUGGAUAGCUUCGCUGUGAUUCCCUGACACUCGUAGGUUGAUGGGAGUGAUAUUGUGGGUGACCCUGCCUAUAGAGCGCCCGUCCAGUGCUCUAUCGUUCAUGGGAAUGGAGAGGGGCUGAGUGGGGAUGUCCAGCUUGGACGCCAGGGUAGUGUCCAUAAAAUUCUCACCGGAGAGAUUUCGACUGUUAAGUGUUAAGCCUGCGUAAAAGUUUGGCUGGAGACAACCUAGCUCUGCCUAGUUGCAUCGGCUCGGGAAGAGGCGAAUCGGCAGACUUUGGAAACUCUCUGGGAAACUCGGGUAGCCUCAGAUUCUCUCGGAGAUGGAGAUGUCGGGGACUUCUGGUAUGCCCCGGGCUGCUAGAUCGUCCUUAACUUCCUCCAAUAACCCGUGCAGGAACGUGUCGAACAGCGAUUCCGGGUUCCAUGCACUCUCAGCCGCCAACGUGCGGAAAUCCACCGCAUAGUCUGCCACACUGCGGGAGUCUUGCCGAAGCUGGAGUAACUUCCGGGCAGCCUCUCUCCCGGACAAUGGAGAAUCGAAAACCUUCUUCACUUCAUCUCGCCUGGGCUACGAACACUGCCGUAGCCCAGGCGAGAGCCCUCCCGGACAUCAGCGUGAUGAGGUACGCUACCUUCGACCGGUCCGUGGGGAAGGAGGAGGGCUGUAACUCAAAGAUGAGGGAACACUGAGCGAGAAACGCCCGACAGGUUCCCGACUCUCCAGCGAAGCGUUCAGGUGGAGGUAAGCGGGGUUCUCGGGAAGCCGGGGUGGCCUGGAGAGACGCGCUGUUGACUACCGGGUUACUGAGGGGCUGGGAGGUUACCGUCGUGGGAGGCUGCCUAACAGACAACCCGCGGAAUUGCUCCAGUAAUGUAUUCAACGCGUGGUCAUGUCGAUCGGCCAAGGUCUGGAAACCCUCCAUAAGACCACGCCUGACAACUGCAACUCCGACGUCCUGACAACCGAUACACAGAAAUGUUCUUGAAACGUUCCUAUGAAAGAAGAUAGGGAGAGAGAUGUUUAAUUACCUAGAGAAGAAUGGAUUCACUUUUGCAAUACUAGUUAUCACUUUUUACGUUGGAUUUAUUAACUACAAAAAGGUAAGACGUGUUUUUAAAUCUGGUGCCGCUCUGCACACACAAGCUUCAUUUUUAUUUUGUUCUUUUUUUUUUUUAGGUAGAUCAGCUUAAUAUUGCAGAUAGAUUGUAACUUCCAUCAAUGUAAUUGUCUGCAUCACUUCCAAUCCCCCAUGUUUAUAUAUAUAUAUAUAUAAAUAUCAGUAUCUCACAAAAGUGAGUACACCCCUCACAUUUUAGUAAAUAUUUGAGUAUAUCUUUUCAUGUGACAACACUGAGGAAAUGACACUUUGCUACAAUGUAAAGUAGUGAGUGUACAGCUUGUAUAACAGUGUACAUUUGCUGUCCCCUCAAAAUAACUCAACACACAGCCAUUCAUGUCUAGACCGCUGGCAACAAACGUGAGUACACCCCUAAGUGAAAAUGUCAAAAUUGGGCCCAAUUAGCCAUUUUCCCUCCCCGGUGUCAUGUGACUCGUUAGUGUUACAAGGUCUCAGGUGUGAAUGGGGAGCAGGUGUGUUAAAUUUGGUGUCACCGCUCUCACACUCCCUCAUACUGGUCACUGGAAGUUCAACAUGGCACCUCAUGGCAAAGAACUCUGAGGAUCUGAAAAAAAGAAUUGUUGCUCUACAUAAAGAUGGCAUGGGCUAUAAGAAGAUUGCCAAGACCCUGAAACUGAGCUGCAGCACGGUGGCCAAGACCAUACAUUGGUUUAACAGGACAGGUUCCACUCAGAACAGGCCUCGCCAUUGUCGACCAAAGAAGUUGAGUGCACGUGCUCAGCGUCAUAUCCAGAGGUUGUCUUUGGGAAAUAGACGUAUGAGUGCUGCCAGCAUUGCUGCAGAGGUUGAUGGGGUGGGGGGUCAGCCUUUCAGUGCUCAGACCAUACGCCGCACACUGCAUCAAAUUGGUCUGCAUGGCUGUCGUCCCAGAAGGAAGCCUCUUCUAAAGAUGAUGCACAAGAAAGCCCGCAAACAGUUUGCUGAAGACAAGCAGACUAAGGACAUGGAUUACUGGAACCAUGUCCUGUGGUCUGAUGAGACCAAGAUAAACGUAUUUGGUUCAGAUGGUGUCAAGCGUGUGUGGCGGCAACCAGGUGAGGAGUACAAAGACAAGUGUGUCUUGCCUACAGUCAAGCAUGGUGGUGGGAGUGUCAUGGUCUGGGGCUGCAUGAGUGCUGCCGGCACUGGGGAGCUACAGUUCAUUGAGAGAACCAUGAAUGCCAACAUGUACUGUGACAUACUGAAGCAGAGCAUGAUCCCCUCCCUUCGGAGACUGGGCCGCAGGGCAGUAUUCCAACAUGAUAACGACCCCAAACACACCUCCAAGACGACCACUGCCUUGCUAAAGAAGCUGAGGGUAAAGGUGAUGGACUGGCCAAGCAUGUCUCCAGACCUAAACCCUAUUGAGCAUCUGUGGGGCAUCCGCUAACGGAAGGUGGAGGAGUGCAAGGUCUCUAACAUCCACCAGCUCCGUGAUGUCGUCAUGGAGGAGUGGAAGAGGACUCCAGUGCAACCUGUGAAGCUCUGGUGAACUCCAUGCCCAAGAGGGUUAAGGCAGUGCUGGAAAAUGAUGGUGGCCACACAAAAUAUUGACACUUUGGGCCCAAUUUGGACAUUUUCACUUAGGGGUGUACUCACUUUUGUUGCCAGCGGUAAAGACAUUAAUGGCUGUGUGUUGUGUUAUUUUGAGGGGACAGCUAAUUUAAGCUGUUAUACAAGCUGUACACUCACUACUUUACAUUGUAGCAAAGUGUCAUUUCCUCAGUGUUGUCACAUGAAAAGAUAUACUCAAAUAUUUACAAAAAUGUGAGGGGUGUACUCACUUUUGUGAGAUACUGUAUAUACAUAUAUACAUACAUAUAUACAUACACAUAUAUACACACAUACAUACAUAUAUACAUACAUACACUUACAUACAUACAUACAUACAUACAUACAUACAUACAUACACAUACAUAUCCUUUAAAAAAAGUACUUUAUUACUUUCCAACCCCACCACCCUUUCCCUAAUUGGAGUAAACUAGUGAACAACAAUGCUUAGGCCUCUACUUCCAGCUUAUACAUACUAUAUACAUUUUAUGGACACAGUCAAUUUUACAAUAAUUAUAUUUUGUUUGUUUUUUCUACUCUCAACCUCUCCGAUCAUUUUCAUGAUGUCCAUCCGGUUUGCUUCUAUAUGCCAUAUCUUUAUAACUGUGCUCUUUCACAAAAGUUCCCAACCUACAACCUAUGUACUUAUUAUGGACACAGUAUGCUUACAUGAUUAGUUAUCUUGUUAUUAGUUGUUGUUAGUAGUCCCAUCCUUCAGCUCCAUUCAACACCUCCCAUCUAUCUCUUAACUCCAUCCAUAUAGGAUUUCUAUUUGCCAUAUAUUUUUCAACUGUACUGUGAUGUUUUACAAAAGUUCUGAACCUUUCUAUUCUCAUUGUUUCUACAGAUUGUAAAUUGAAAAUAUUUUUUUUUUCUAAAAGUAUUAUUAUAUUAUUGAUCGAUUGACUAGGACUUUUCAGAUCACCCAGUAAUGCUAUCUGCAAGGUUAGCUCCAGGUAAAUAUUGCAAUCCUUUAGCCAUUCCUGGACCAGUGUCCAAAAACAAGCUACAAAUGGACAGUACCAAAACAAAUGAUCUAAUGAUUCUAUCUCUUCGCAGCAAAAUCUGCAGAGCACACAAGCUUCUUAGCUAGCUGGCUCAAGAUUGUUAGCUAGCUAGCUCAAAGGACAUGCAAAGUUCCUCUAUAGAAGCCGCUCCUCCUAGGUAUAAUUCUGUGGACCUAAUUCAGAUAAUGCAUGUCAUAACAAGAUGCCCAGUGCUUCAAGCCUCCUCCUCAACCCUCUCUCCCCACCUGCAAAAUUUCAGUCGCAUCAUGCACCAUAGGGUAAACUUGUCUGUCCAUCAUGCAUGUAAGCAACUAGCUUGCCUGCUAUAUCCACACUGAUUGGUGAAGUAAUUUAGCGAUAUAAACCGGUACUUUCUUGGAGUUCGAACCGGUUCAGAACUUUUUUUUAUUGGUCGGAACAGUGGAACGAAAUAGUGGUUCUGUUCAGAACUAAAUUAUUGGAAAAUAAUUUUGGUUCCAACCCCUGCUUUAACCUCAUAGUCAUUGUAGCAUUUCAAAUCCAAAGUGUUGGAGUACAGAGCCAAAACAAAAAUCAACAAUUGUCACUGUCCCAAUACUUUUGGAGCUCACUGUAGAUAGAAUGUUCCCAUAACUAAUGGAAAACUGGACACUCAAACAUUAGGGGAACAUUACGGUUAACAUUACAAAAACGUUCUCUCUCUCUAGAAUUGUUAGUUGGGUUUAUGGCAGACAAAUGUUUAUAUUGGCCAGUGAACCUCUAACCUUGCAGGUGAGUCUGAAAAAGUUCAUGGACUACAUUGCAAGUGGAUCAAUAGAUAAGAUGUCAAAGGUCCUGGACAAAGGUCUCGACCCAAACUACCAUGACCCUGACAACGGAGGUGAGUUGAACACUAGCUUGAUAGGGUUGCCACUGCAUGAUUUUGACACUGUUUUCAGUCAAAUGUCAAAUGAUCAUUUCAGAUAUUGACAAUCCCCUUUCUCUGCUCCCCCCUCUCGCCUUGAUCCUCCAUUUCCCCCCUCCUUCCUCUCUCUCUCUCUCUCUCCAUCUUCUUCAGAAUCCCCCCUGUCUGUGGCGGUGCAGUCUGGCAUGACAGUGGAAGGGAUCAGGGUGCUCGUUCAGGGUGGGGCCCAUGUGGACUUUAGAACCAGAGAUGGACUGACAGCUGUACACAAGGCUGUCAGGGCACACAAUCACGUUGCACUGCUGGUAACUAGGACUCCACACACACACACACACACACACACACACACACACACAAAAUAAACAUGCAUUUAAUAAAUGUGUCUUUUCCCCGUCCUUGCCAGGCUCUCCUGUCCCUGGGAGCAUCUCCUGACUACAAAGACCGAUGUAGCCUGACCCCACUGUACCACUCAGUGCUGACAGGUGGCGACACCUCCUGCUGCGAGACCCUACUCUACUACAGGGCCAGACUGGGAGUGAGGGAUGAGAACGGAUGGGAGGAGUCUCACCAGGUAUCCGUUUGGUUGUCUGUCCGGCUGCCUGUCUCAAGGAUGGGGUUGAUAUAGUUUUGGCCUGUGUGUUGUAAAUAUGUCAGUGUUUUUGUCCAAUUUGACUUUAAACAUAUCUCAAAUAUCAUAUUUUUAUGUGUAUUGAUUUUUGUGUUUUUUUUCUUCUGUGUAUUAUCAUACGUUGGUAUAGUACAUUAGGUUUUUAGUGUACUUUCAGUCUCCUGUCCUGUACAUGUCUUAAACAUUUCACCCCUCUUUUUGCACUCUCCUUUCUCCUCAAUUGAGAUACACCUUCUCACUGGUCUCUUUCCAUUGUUUUCCUUUCUUCCUCUCUUCCUUUCUCUCGAUAGCUCAGGGAUGAAGAGGAAUUUGGAAUGCAAGAAAUACACAAGGUACUGAUCAUGUAAUCCAUGAAUACUUCCAUUCAAGUUGUGAAAUUGGGGGAAGAGUAACUCUUAGGAUCAUGACCUUCCAUGACCUUCCAUGGUCUCAAAGUGGUAAAGAAAGAAAGAGGAGUUUGGUUAUUUCUUCCUGAAACGGUGAUCCUUCACAAUUUGGUACAUUCAUCUCAUGUAACUGUUGAGUCCAAUGCAGAUAGACAUUAGAUACCAUCUCGUGCUGACAUCUUCUAUCUCUGCGUCAUUCACUCACUAUCUCAGUGCUGUGCUGUUCACCACUGUGGUGUCAUGCUAUUUUACUGUAGUUCAUGUUAGCUUAUGUAGUGUCCUGUGUUUUGUUACUUCUCUAAUUUUGUGUCGUGUUAUUUUAAGUGCAGAAAUUAAAGUGGAAACCAUUAAGCAGAAGGGGGAAGGUCAAACGCUUAUUAUAUCAUUUUAAUUUCUUAAUUUGUUCUUUAUUUGGCAAUGGUUCAGACAUUCAUCAGCUGUAUCUUUCAUUCUGUUUAUCUUUUAAUUUGUCACAAUUUUAGCUACACAUUUUUUAUUUGGUAUAAUUUAUGAAUAAGCACAGUAAUUGCAUCUUUGCAAUUGAUUGUGUAGUGAUGACCCAUUUAAAACCCCUCAGAUUCUCCUUUGCUAAUAAUUUUAAUCUUUAGAUGCUUUCUUUACACACCCUCCUCCCAAGGCCUGCCAGAAUGGUUUUGCCCAGCACUUGGAGCACCUUCUGUUCUAUGGGGCAGAUACCACUUCUCAGAAUGCCUCAGGGAACACCGCACUUCACAUUUGUGCCCUAUAUAAUAAGGUAAGUACCAUUUUAAAUACAGGGACAACACAAUAAUCACAAUAAUCAAAGUAACUGGUUUGUGAGUUCCAAAUGUCUGUGUGACAUUUUAGUCCUGAAUUAAGUUAAACAGUGGCUGUCUUUCUGGCCUAUCAGGAAAGCUGUGUUCGUGUUCUGCUCUACAGAGGGGCUAAUAAGGAAAUGAAGAACAAGCAUGGACAAAGCCCCUUUCAGGUAUCAAUAACAACUUCAUGUUUUCAGUUUUCUUUAGUUUUUCAUUCUGCCGACUACGCCAAAUGUAAUCAGGUUUGUUACACGUCAAUAAACCAUUGAGUUGAAAAUCAGUGACUUGUUUUAAAUGUAUUAUUAGCAAAGCAUUUAUUAAAUUGGGUGUUUGAUGUUUUGGAGGAACUCUUUCUGUACAUGAUGCAUGUGUUACAGUUAAUAAUAAUAAUAAUAAUAAUAUGCCAUUUAGCAGACGCUUUUAUCCAAAGCGACUUACAGUCAUGCGUGCAUACAUUUUUGUGUAUGGGUGGUCCCAGGGAUCGAACCCACUACACUGGCGUUACAAGCGCCGUGCUCUACCAGCUGAGCUACAGUUAGGGGGAGUGUUGCAUGUAAUUGUGUGUGUGCGUACAUGUGUCUGUGUUUUGAAGGUAGCAGUAAUGUCGGGCCAUUUUGAACUUGGGGAAAUCAUCAAAAACCACAGAGAUGCAGAUAUAGGUAAGUCUUGGUCCUCCACUUGGGUCUUUUCAGAUUAGGAAGUGAUUGAUAGUGAGUUUUGGUGCAUGAGUGUCUGUUAAGGUUGAAUGGCGGGAACCCGGUUACCGAGAUUUACCGCCCAAAACCACUCCCUUUUCCGGGAUAAAAAACGGAGAGAAACUGGUCAAUUAUAAGAAAUUAUUUAUAUCAACAACAUGACGUGAAAUGGAACUGUACAAUUAUAUGCAAUGUCUAAAUCUUGCUUCUCUGCGGUCUUCUCUCUGCUCUCUGCAUGAUCAAUCAUCAACGCUCAUGUUGGGGACAGACAGCCCAUCUCAGUAUGGAGUGCAUAUCACAAUGCAUGUAGACCUAUCAUCUCAUCAUGGUAACUUUUUUCCUUGUGACAGGUAGGCCUACAUUUGCUGCAGCAUAGCCUAUGCUACAGUAUAAGGACCGAAUGCACGUCUAAUUUACACAUCUCCAUCUGGCUUUCAGGGGUCACCUUGUUUUUUUAUUGUAAAUAUGUUUAAUUUUUUAAUUGCAGCUGCAGAGUUUUAAAACAACCUAUCACUUGAAUAUUGUUGCAUGAAAUUAGAGCAUGUGCAAGCAGUCUUUCUCUCUCCCUCCAUCAAUUCCAUUCAAAUUGCAUCCAAAAUAGAUAAUCCUGUUCAAGAUUGAUAUAUACAGUGUAUAUAUAUAUAUAUAUAUAUAUAUAUAUAUAUAUAUAUAUAUAUAUAUAUAUAUAUACACUACCGUUCAAAAGUUUGGGGUCACUUAGAAAUGUCCUUGUUUUCGAAAGAAAAGCAAUUCUUUUGUCUAUUAAAAUAACAUCAGAUUGAUCAGAAAUACAGUGUAGACAUUGUUAAUGUUGUAAAUGGCUAUUGUAGCUGGAAACGGCAGAUUUUUUUAUGGAAUAUCUACAUAGGUGUACAGAGGCCCAUUAUCAGCAACCAUCAGUCCUGUGUGUCACGAUCGUCGGUAAGAGAGGAGGACCAAGGCGCAGCGCUGCAGGCAAACAUACUCUUUAUUUAGCGAUACACGACCAAAACGAUAACGUGACAGUUCACGGUCUAACACAAACCAACUAGAAACAAGAUCCCACAACUACUGUGGGAAAACAGCCUGUUUAAAUGUGGUUCCCAAUCAGAGACAACCAGCCACAGCUGACACUCGUUGCCUCUGAUUGAGAACCACACUGGCCAACAUAGAAAUGAAACACCUAGAACUACAACACAGAAAUCUACACACCCUGGCUCAACAUAACAGUGUCCCCAGAGCCAGGGCGUGACACUGUGUUCCAAUGGCCCGUUGUGUUUGCUAAUCCAAGUUUAUCAUUUUAAAAGGCUAAUUGAUCAUUAGAAAACCAUUUUGCAAUUAUGUUAGCACAGCUGAAAACUGUUGUGCUGAUUAAAGGAGCAAUAAAACUGGCUUUCUUGAGACUAGGUGAGUAUCUGGAGCAUCAGCAAUUGUGGGUUCGAUUACAGGAUCAAAAUGGCCAGAAACAAAUAACUUUCUUCUGAAACUCAUCAGUCUAUUCUUGUUCUGAGAAAUGAAGUCUAUUCCAUGCGAGAAAUUGCCAAGAAACUGAAGAUCUCAUAUAACGCUGUGUUCUACUCCCUUCACAGAACAGCACAAACUGUCUCUAACCAGAAUAGAAAGAGGAGUGGGAGGCCCCGGUGCACAACUGAGCAAGAGGAGAAAUACAUUGAGUGUCUAGUUUGAGAAACAGACGCCUCACAGGUCCUCAACUGGCAGCUUCAUUAAAUAGUACCCGCAAAACACCAGUCUCAACAUCAACAGUGAAGAGGCGACUCCGGGAUGCUGACCUUCUAAGCAGAGUUGCAAAGAAAAAGCCAUAUCUCAGACUGGCCAAUAAAAAGAAAAGAUUAAGAUGGGCAAAAGAAAACAGACACUGGACAGAGGAAGAUUGGAAAAAAGUGUUAUGGACAGACGAAUCGAAGUUUGAGGUGUUCGGAUCACAAAGAAGAACAUUUGUGAGACGCAGACCAAAUGAAAAGAUGCUGGAGGAGUGCUUGAUGCCAUCUGUCAAGCAUGGUGGAGGCAAUGUGAUGGUCUGGGGGUGCUUUGGUGGUGGUAAAGUGGGAGAUUUGUACAGGGUAAAAGGAUGGCGCUUGAUUGGAGCCAAUUUCCUCCUACAACAGGACAAUGACCCAAAGCACAGCUCCAAACUAUGCAAUUACUAUUUAGGGAAGAAGCAGUCAGCUGGUAUUCUGUCUAUAAUGGAGUGGCCAGCACAGUCACCGGAUCUCAACACUAUUGAGCUGUUGUGGGAGCAGCUUGACCGUAAGAAGUGCCCAUAAAGCCAAUCCAACUUGUGGGAGGUGCUUCAGGAAGCAUGGGGUGAAAUCUCUUCAGAUUACCUCAACAAAUUGAAAACUAGAAUGCCAAAUGUCUGCAACUGUAAUUGCUGCAAAUGGAGGAUUCUUUGACGAAAGCAAAAUUUGAAAGACACAAUUAUUAAUUCAAUUAAAAAUCAUUAUUUCUAACCUUGUCAAUGACUACAUUUCCUAUUCAUUUUGCUAUAUUUCCUAUUCAAACUCAUUUCCUGUAUGUUUUCAUGGAAAACAAGGACAUUUCUAAGUGACCCCAAACGUUUGAACGGUAGUGUGAAUAUAUAUAUAUAUAUACAUAUAUAUAUAUAUAUAUAUAUAUCCUAGCCUAGCCUACCUCUUUCAGGUAAUACAUUCAAUGCAGUAUUAGCCUUAUAUUUAUCUAAUGAAUGUUGGGUUAUGCAUAAUAAGCUUCUAACUUAUAGCCUCUGUCUCUUGCGCAAUAUGCACGCACCUGUGUUCCGUUGGCCUCUCUCCUUAAAACACGCUCCUUAGCUCUUGGAGUCCCAUGCAGGAAAAGCUAGACUAGAAUAGCUUGCUGGACAAUUUUUGGGGGGCAUUUCUUAUACCAAUAGACUAUUUGAAGAGGGACGCAAGCUCUUGUUUGCUGAAUGUUAAAUACAGCAACCAAUAGAACUCCUGGGUAGUUUGAAAGAAGAGCGAACGCGCGAUGGCGGUAGGCUAUAGCAAUUAUUUAUUCAAACCCAUAACCAUUCAAUCUUCGUGAAGAGAAAUGAAAGCCAUCUGCAUCUAAUUCUAGUCCUAUAUUAUUCAAGCAUGUCAUUACAAUGAUGAUGAUAAGGACAGCGAAACUACAUUUCAUUUAACUGAGGAAGGAAUUAAGGAAUAAAGCAACAAUAGAGAGAGAAAGAGGUAGGCAGGCUAAUAACAUUAGGGGAAAUAUUAUGAAAGGUAUAUAUGCGUCAGCCUACUAAUUAUACAAAUAUAGGCCCUAUUAUAUUUCUAAAUGAAAAUACAAUUUGCUAGCCUAUACUUGUAACGUUGUAGGCUGCAUGUGCUGCACCAGAAUCGCUUCUCUCAGCUUUAUCAUGGUUUUGAACAAUGUGCAUCAAUCCAGUCAUAUAAUCCAGUAUAAUACAAUACAGUACAGUAAUACAGUCCACACUCAAAAAGAUUAGCCUACUGGAGCUAGUUUCAUUUAUUUACCCUAGAGAGCAUAUAGCUAGCUACAUCUAUGGGCUUUUAUGUUUUUCUGUCGUGCAUAAUGUGCAGUAGCCUAUAUAUCAUAUAUGUAUUGGCUAACGGCACAAUCAUUUGGGCUUUUUUGGGUUUGGGACUAUAAAAUUACUUUUUACUGUAGGCCUCAUAAAAUGUAUUUAAUAUAUGGCUGAUCAGGCACAGGUUGCAUCAGACUUGAAUUCUCUAUCAAAGCUCGAAUCAAAUCCAGACAUAAGCCUAUUUAUAUGCUUUAUAAUGCUUUUGAAUUACACUUCCGGUCUUGGCUUGAAAUACCGGGUUACCCUGGAGAAAAGUGAUUUAUUCUCGGGAUGGAACAUUUUGUAAAAUAACGGGGAAAUAUUAUUCCUUAGUGUCUGUACUGUAUUUCUGUUGUGCUAUCUGCUAUAAAUUACUUUGCAGUGCAUUGUUUGGUAUAAAUGUUCUGCUUCAUCAAUCAACCUGUGACUCAGAAGAUCUGUUGUGUUUUUCCAUCUUAUUAAGUUGUUUUAUCACACUGGUAGAUGGUAUUUGAUGUGGUGCACUGGAUCAGCAUACAGAGGCUAAUCCCUAGACAUUGAUGGGUUCUUAACUUGAAAUAUGAAAUAUCCUUAUUCAUGUUACUGAGGGAGAGAGGGGAAGGCAGAACGUUUACAUUCUGUCAGAACAUGUUAUUGUUUGACAUCAGGGAUCCUAUGGAGAGGAGAAGGGCCACAGUCUGGUUUCAGUUGUUGUGUUGUAAUUUGAAAUACUUGCAACACCAGAAGUGAAUGUUUAUAUAUAGGAGGAAUGUAUAUGGUGGGGUCAAUUAAGGGUGGAUAUGAGCAAUAGGCUUGGAGAGUUACUAAGUAAGGGAAAAGGCAAUCACAUGGUUGCAGUCGCUAAUAAGGGUGGAUAGCUGUGGAUUAGUGAGGAAUAGGGGCCGAGGUCAGGUCAGGUCACAUGAAGGAACAGUUUAUUACCCACAUCACUUAACUUCCUGCCUAGCAACAAAGAUGUAAUGUUUAGAGAAAAGGAGGAGACUCCACCUAAAGGGGGGUAUAAAUACUUGUGCUGGUGGGAACAUGUCUUUGUCUUAUGCAGCUGUGUGACCCAGUGGGUGAAUAAACUUGGUUUGAGCUUUACUAGUCGUCCGUGAGUUUUUACUCUGUUUAUUUAGAAUCUAACAACAUUUUACAAACUGUUUUGUUUCUGAAAACACUAUUGGUUCAGAGGUGGCCUCUUAACCUCAUCUGAUGCUUUAGAUUAUUGCUUGCCCAGUUUGAGGGUUGUGUGUGGUGUUCAAGUCCAUCCUUGUUGCUUGUCGAUUGUCUUUGCAUCCGAAUCACUUGAGUCGGGUUGUUAAUUGUUCACACUCUCACAAUAUUCCCUCACUCUUUCUCUCCCCUCUUACCUCACUGUUUUUCCACCUACCUGUGACUCUCUUUUCUCAGUGCCCUUUCUGGAAUCCCCAAAGUAUGCUCCCAAAAGAGGAGAGAGUGCACGCACGCUCCCUCUCCUCAUGGCUCAACCCUACCCCCUCCUGCGUGCUAACAGUGAUAACAGCAUGACCCUGUCUGACACCAUGGCCCUGCCCAACAAGGCUGCUGGAGCCAAUCCCGUCCCUGGACAGGUACUGAGAGGCACAGUAUGGAGAUGCAGCGGGAGAUCGCGACUGUAUGGUUUAUUGGGGAGCUAUGCUCUUAGUUACUCUGGGAUCUUAACCAAUAAAUUGUGAGUUUGGGUCUGUGUAAGUGUCAACACAAUUAUAUAACUCAGCCUGUGUUUGUGUUUGUUCCCUCUCUGUCUAGGGUCGCAGGGCCUCUGUGGGUGUGAGGAGCUCCAGCAGUCCCAGGGCCCGUACCCGAUCCCCGUCGCGAGGAAGAGGAGGAGGACAGAGCGACACAGAGGAGAGGCAUCAAAGCAAACCACAGCGCGGCAGACAGGGGUGAGGACAUAGUGGAGGGAGAGAGCGUAGAUAUGUAAAUCUAUUUAUAAAUAACGUGCAUAUACAAAAAGUUGUGUUUUUACAUGCAUUUCGGUUGUCUACAGCCAAUGGGGCUGUUACCAGCUUUAAAGCUUCCAAAUACUUUAUUCUCAUAGUGUAAACCACUGUCAUGAGCCAUUUAUUGUCCCUCUAUCUCCACUACUGGUAUCCCCAGGUGUUGUUACAUGAUACACAAACUCUUCCUCUGUCUUUCCUCUUGCAGUGCGACCUCAGCGGGUAGUGGCGGGUGGUCAGCUGGGGGUCAGAUGAGGCAUAUGUACAGUGCGGUCCCAGGGCGAGUGUACUUGGCCACGAGGGCUUACACUGCCCACAGAGACAAAGAGCUCACCAUCAGCAAAGGAGACAAAGUCAAAGGUAAGAGAGAUUCAGAGAGGAGUGGGUUUUUGGAGUGCCACUGUGUUGAUUGUAAAGUUGUGAUGCACCCCUCUUCUCUUUGUUCUCUCUCUCUCUCUCUCUCUCUCUCGCUCUCUCUCUCUCUCUCUCUCUCUCCUUCCUUCUCUCAGUGUUGAGUGUUGGAGAGGGGGGGUUCUGGGAGGGCACAGUGAAAGGUCGUACAGGCUGGUUUCCCUCAGAUUGUGUGGAGGAGGUGGGUCCUCCCAGUAAGGAGAAUCGAUCAGGUGAGCAACACCACCAACCUUAUAGAAACCAAAUACAAUAUGUGCUCAGACAAAGACACUACCCUCACUCGCAUUACAUCCGCUCAGACAAACACCAACCAAAAUCCCUCUACAGAUGCUAACCCCGCAUUUACUGAAUGACUCAUUUAAUCUUCAUUCAGUUGCCAGCAUUCUAUUGACUUGCAGGACAUCCUCACAAUGUUACAUGCAAUAGGGCAUGUAUCACACCCACCCAGUAACAUUAAUAGCACACCACCACAACAACCAACUUGAUCAUGGUGUGUUUCAGAGAUGAUGCACUGGAAUACAAAGUAUACAAAGACACAUGGAAUACACAAAUAGUGGAACACAAAGACACACAAAACACACAUUAAUAUAAAGGUAACACAUGAACUGUUUGUGUUCCAGAGACGCGCAGUGAGAAAGCCAAGAGGAAGCUGUUUCGUAAUGUUACCGUGGGAGCAUAUGAUGGCGUGGAUGGCCCCAGGUAAGACUGGACUUGAUAGAAGCUUGUUGUCUGCUGGCCCUCAGGAACUAGAUGUAUCGAUGAAUGACCUCAUGCAAAGUCAUUUUUACCCCCGGGACACAUGGUCACCAAGUUCUAAGGGUGGAGGAAUAGUGAAGUAAUAUGAAGGAAGGGAAGACAAGGCGUAAGGGAAAUCACUAGCUAACUAUGCUAAGAUUGAAUACCCAGCACUAAUCGUGCUCUGCAGCCCUUAUCAUUCUCAGUAGAAAACAUACAGUAGGAUUAGACAUGAUUGACUUUGUAAAACCAUGCUAAUGUUUUAGCUGUGUCUUGUCAAUUGUGUAGGUGGACAGCUGGAAUCGGCUAAUUUGUUUGUGUUUCUGAUGGGUAUGUUUCUGUGUUGACAAUUGGAGGAGGGUGAGUGUGCUGAGCCUAGGGUGAAGCUGAAGUGAUUGCUUGUUUAUGCUAUUGCUCAGCUGUAUUAAGACCAUGCUAGCGCUAAAGGCACUGAACUAAACACGUCAGUUCAAUUCUAUUUCUUGUACAUCUAGCCGACAAAGUUGCUUGACUUUUGCUUGUUCAUCUUGCCAAAAGGAGCCAAACGUGUGUUGUCCCUGCUUACAUGACCAAUCACAUUCCCCCUUUCAGUCAUGCUUAUUUUCCCUGUUAAAAAUAAUGCCAUAAAUGUUGACGAUGGAUUCCUUCUCCCCCAUUGCAUCUGUCUAAUCUUUUAGCGUCAAGCUGCAGUCCAGCCCCAGGCAGCUGCAGUUGUGCUGUGCAUCAUGAGGGCUAACAGUGCUGUGUGUGUGUGUGUGUGUGUGUGUGUGUGUGUGUGUGUGUGUGUGUGUGUGUGUGUCUCUACACGUGUGUGAGCGUGCGGCACAACAUCCUGAUGAUGAGUCUUGGGGAUUUGGAGGUGAUGAGCGUUCGUUCGGUCAAUCGGCAAGUGUGAGGAGGGACUCCACGCACCCAAGGUUUUGGGCUUACAGCGUGUAGCUGACAUUAGCCGUGUGCUACGAAGCUCUUAUUAUCAGUCACAAGUCACUGAGCUUAAUACAGGUUCACUGGUAUUUGGCAAUGUGAAUAAUGGCCAGUGACUCAGACGGUGAAUGACAUCUGUGUGAAGAGAGAUUGUAUGUAGGAAUGUGUGUAGUACAGUGGUGGUUAUGUUGCCGAUUGUAAUACAGUAGCAUUUUGAACCGGAUCCAGCUCCAGAUGUAUGGCUGCUGCUACCCAUUGCAUUUGUGUGUUUGGGAGAAUGUCAAUGAGAAUUUCGAGUGGGUUUUGUUUGAAUGUGAAUGUUGUGAGUGCUGUUGUGUGUGUGUGUGUGUGUGUGUGUGUGUGUGUCUGUAUUUGCAGAUGAGGAUCUCUCUGGAGUGGAAAUCAGCUGUUUGUGAAUCUGCCAGAAACCAGUCAGUGGAUGUUGAAAUAAACACACAAUCCCUGCUGCCUGUUACCCCAUCCCCCCCUUCCCCCACCUGCAAAAGCACCUCUUUUCUCUCUCCCUCUUUUAUGCUAAACCUCUCUUUCCCUCCCCCUUCCUUUUUCACAUCCAGCAUUCUCUCCCUCCGCUCUCUUGCGUUCUCUCUCCCUGUCGCAGAGAACCAUCUCUGUCGCUUUCCCUUUCUUUCACUCUCCCUCCCUCUCUCCUUCUCUCUCUCUCUCUCUCUCUCUCUCUCGUGCUGUCUUAAGCAUGCAGGGUGUAGACGUGCUAGGCCAGCGCUCGCUCUCUCUCCUCUCUCUCCUCUCUCUCUUCUCAUCUCUCUGUCCUCCUCUCUUCCACUCUCGCGGCUCUCUCUGGCUGUGCUCUCGCUGGUAGAGCGAGAGGCGGAGGGAGAGGAGGGGGUGGAGGAGAGGAGGGGGGGGGAAAUGGCAAUGGGGGGAUGCGGAGAGAGAGAUCUGUCUCUCUCUCUCUCCCUCUCUUCUUCGUGGCCGUCACUGGGCCCCAGAAACAGGAGCGUGUGGUUCAUUUACAGGUAGCGGCUGUUUCCUCAUUCAUUGCCUGGCUAUGGAUGUGAGGAGAGGACAAUGGAGAGAGGGGAGAGGUAGAUGCAACAGAGAGGCCGUGGAUUUGAAAGGCGGAUUAAUAAGAUAUGUAUUGUGUGUGCGUGUGUGUGUGUAUUUGUGUUUGUGUGUGUGUAUGUGUGUGUGUGUAUAUAUAUAUAUAUGUGCGUGUGUGUGUGUUAAAUCAUAUUUAACGUUUGUGUGUGACGGAAGUGGCUAUUGAAUGGAGGCUCUGACUGCAUCAUGUUUAUCUCUGUUUCUCCCCUCUCAUGUAUUUCUGAGUGUAAUCUGAGAGCAUGUUGCAAUGUCAGCUAUAUAUUGCCAUAUCUCAUAAAUUGUGUGUUCCAUCUGUGUUUGUACCACUAACAUAUAGGAUGAUCAUUAUUUUAUAGAAAGGGCGAGAGUGGACAUACUAAGUGGUUUGUUUGUGAUUUCCUUCAUGUGAGUGUGUAAGUGGGUGUGAUCGCACAGUCACAGUGUGUGUCACUGUGGUUGAGUGUCGUUGUGGGAAUUGUUCAUCUGUGUCUGUGUCCCUGAAUUGUGACUGCAUGGAUGUGUCAUUGUGUCUCAUGGUUUAAUUGUAUGUAAAUGUCUAAGAUGAGGAUGUAAGUAUGUAUGACUAGCAUGCUGCUUCUUCUGUAGAAUUGUGGAAGCUACAGAGGAUGAUUCAGGAAUCAGGAGGGAGGGUACAUGAUUACACUGUAGGCUACUGUAAUACUGUAGGCCACUGUAAUACUGUAGGCCACUGUAAUACUGUAGGCUACUGUAAUACUGUAGGCCACUGUAAUACUGUAGGCUACUGGAAUACUGUAGGCCACUGUAAUACUGUAGGCCACUGUAAUACUGUAGGCCACUGUAAUACUGUAGGCCACUGUAAUACUGUAGGCCACUGUAAUACUGUAGGCUACUGUAAUACUGUAGGCCACUGUAAUACUGUAGGCUACUGGAAUACUGUAGGCUACUGGAAUACUGUAGGCUACUGUAAUACUGUAGGCCACUGUAAUACUGUAGGCUACUGUAAUACUGUAGGCCACUGUAAUACUGUAGGCCACUGUAAUACUGUAGGCCACUGUAAUACUGUAGGCCACUGUAAUACUGUAGGCCACUGUAAUACUGUAGGCCACUGUAAUACUGUAGGCCACUGUAAUACUGUAAGCCACUGUAAUACUGUAGGCUACUGUAAUACUGUAGGCCACUGUAAUACUGUAGGCCACUGUAAUACUGUAGGCCACUGUAAUACUGUAGGCUACUGUAAUACUGUAGGCUACUGUAAUACUGUAGGCUACUGUAAUACUGUAGGCUACUGUAAUACUGUAGGCCACUGUAAUACUGUAGGCCACUGUAAUACUGUAGGCCACUGUAAUACUGUAGGCCACUGUAAUACUGUAGGCCACUGUAAUACUGUAGGCUACUGUAAUACUGUAGGCCACUGUAAUAUGUGAGUGUGUUCUGUGACCACUGUGUGUCACAUUGGCCAAUGGGGAAUUCAUGUAACGUAAAAGCAGUCAAUAUGCACAUUUAAGGUCCUUUCCUGAACAGCAUGGACUGAGAGUACAGGAAUGAGGGGGUUAAAUGGUACAGACUAUUUCAAAGAACCACAGUAUCAUACCUACACCUCUAUUGUCUUGGGGAUAAAAUGAUACAAAGCAGCCGUUUGAACACACUGCUACAUGUAGAUUUGAUCCUUUGAGAGGGAACGCAAGAAGGAGACGGAGUGAGAGAAAAGGAAUGAAGUGUGAACAGCAGAUGGAUGGAAGGCGGCUUUUUGCGUUGGCGAAACCGUAACAUUGACAGUGUGGCGACGCACGAGGGAAGGAUGGAAGGUACAAACUGUAGACCUCGGUAUGAGAAGUUAACUGUGGUUUCUUCAGCUUUGUAAUGGAUGCCAUGUACGGCCUGCUCACACCAAGUUCAGCAACUCCCAGAAAAGCAAAGACUAUCAUCCUCAGUGGAUUUGCACAGUCGAUUGGAGGCCGCGUCAGUUUGAGUUUAUUCGAGCAGCUAAUGCAGAAAAACGUAGCUCCGGAAUAAAAUACUGGGAUUUCAACCCAAUGGAUUCAAUCACAAGUCAUACAGUGACCGAAGAGCCAGACAUCCUAAUGGAACUGCAAAACAGCAUGAAUUGAGACCGGCCAGCUGUGUAAAAUUGAGACCUUCAAAUGAACGGAGAUGGAAACCCUGUUGUUGUAUAUGGCUGUUAAAUCUGAGGAUACAGUAUGCACUGAGCUCGUAAAACCGUGUGAAUUGAGACCCGGCAGGCUUUACAGCGUGAAUUGGAGACACUGUUGUUGUAAAACAGUAUAUGGCUACUGUGGAGUGAGGCUCCUGUAUACACUGAGCUCUACAUAAGGGAAAACUGCUGUAAGCCAGCCAUAAAUCUGACAAGCAACAGAAGUCCCAGACAUGGUAAUGGCGCAAUGACCAACUCGUAACACUGAGCCAUAAAACUAGUCCUACCAUAUCAUAACAAGAUGGCCAUGUCAACCAUCAAUGAAAAAACAGCGAACGUCAUUAUGAAGAGAGAUGACUAACUGCUACUCAAACAUAGAUCCCUACCUGUAGAUCAUUUUGAAGCGUUAUGUAUGACAAAUGGAGAAGUAGGAUGAGAGGUAGCCAAGAUAGCUAGUGCAGUGAAAGCUUGAAGAAAGCUAAUGCAGCAUUACAGGUGCAUUUAUAAGUUCCCAUUAACAGUGAAGUGUCUAUGCAGCAUUUUUUAUGUACAUUCCCACGUGCUUCCUGGUGCUAGUCAGCAUUAUGCUGGAUUAUGGAGAGGUCUUUCCAGUACACUCCUCCUCGCCCAUCAUGACACUGACUCUACCCUGGUUUGUCGAGUCUCUUUGUAUGGUGGUGCUCGUUGUAUGACAUGCCUCAAGCCCCCCCAUCUUUUGGUGCAGUGUGAUUUCAUAAUGUGAUGCAGUAUAGCGGUCUCCCAGAUUCAGAAAUGCUUUAUUUGCAUGACAAUGAGGCUUUCUGUUGCUAAAGAAGUCAUAUAGCUUGCUCUCUCUUGCUCUCCGCCUCUCCCCCUCUCUCUCUCCCUUCUCUCUUCUCUCCUUAUUCUCUCUAAGUGACUACAUCAUUAAGGAGAAGACAGUGCUCCUGCAGAAGAAAGACAAUGAGGGCUUUGGCUUUGUGCUUCGGGGAGCCAAAGGUGAGUGAGUGCCUCUCCGUCCGAAAUACCCCUGAAUGUCUACUAUCUCCAGCUUCCACAGUCCUCUACUCUUCGAUAUAUUUAACUUUCACUCCUUGCAUUUCCUCUUAGUAAUUUCUUCCAUCCUAUCUCUCUGCCUCCACUUGAACACUCUUUUAUUACAUCUCCCUCAUCCUCUUGUUCUUGACUUGUUCUCUGCAGCCCAGACUCCCAUAGAGGAGUUCACUCCGACCCCAGCAUUCCCCGCGCUGCAGUACAUGGAGUCUGUGGAUGAGGGGGGUGUGGCCUGGAGGGCUGGCCUAAGGAUGGGGGACUUCCUUAUUGAGGUAUGGAUCCUUGGAAAGGCUUGUCAUUCUGAGAGUUUAUGCAGGCCUGGGAAUCAAAAUGGAAUCAACUUUUGUAAUCACUAUCAAAUUGUAGAUUUGUUGAUUUGUUUUGAGUUUGAACUCAAACAGUGCAGUAUGACAGUUUAGUCUUGUUGACAGCCAGUGUUAUCUCUCGCUCUCUGUGUGUGUGUGUGUGUGUGUGUGUGUGGGGGGGGGUGUGUGUGUGUGUGCGUGUGUGUGUGUGUGGGUGUGUGUGUGGGGGUGUGUGUGUGUAGGCCAAUAGUCACAAUGUAGUGAAGGUGGGCCACAGGCAGGUGGUCAACAUGAUCAGACAAGGUGGCAACACUCUUAUGGUCAAGGUUGUCAUGGUGGCCCGCAACCCGGAGAUGGAGGAGACCAACCCCAGGAAGAAAGGUAUACUUUUUAGUUUGUUCUGUGUAAUUUAUACAAUUCAUGUUUACAGCAUAGUAGUAAACAGUAAUGUUUGUUUGCAAUACCGUAACAGACACUGAGUGUAUGUUUAUAACACAGUUGUAAGCAGUAAGUGCAUUUGGUCCUUCUCCCUUGGCAGUCCCCCAGCAGGCUAAGAGGCUGACUCCUCCUGCCAUUGCCCUGCGCUCCAAAUCAAUGACAUUAGAGCUGGAAGACAUGGGUAAGACAAUGGAAGAAGGAGGGAAGCAUAAAAAGCAGGGAGAAAAGGAAAAGAAAAGGAGUGUUCACAUUCUGACCCAUAGAAAAAGAUUAUUGAAAAAGUCCAUUAAAUAUUAAGUGAGUUGAUGCAGAGAGCCUUGGGGAUUUAACUGGUAUAGGUAAGGAGUGUUUUUCUAAUUACCAACGGCUUAAUGAGGAGGACUAUGGAGAUAAAUGUCCUCUUUCAAGUGAAUGUAUGGAAAUGUGCUCUAUAUGGGAAAGAUGGAGAUACAGUGAAGUGGUUCACAUUCUGGAAACACUACAUUAUGCGAUGGCAUAUAACCUCUGCUCCAUUUCUUCUUUUUCUGCUAAAUGGAACGGCUGACUAACAGUGGAGAAAGGUGGGAAAAGGUUGAGUUGUGUAUUAUCAUUGUCAUCACCAGUGUUAAAGUAUGUACUGUAUUCAUUCAUGUUAUUUCGUGAUAUUACAGAGAUGGCUAUAAUAGCAGUCUCAGUAUACUCUUAUAGCAUAGUAUGAUUACCUUAUUUUCUCUUAUAUGCUGCAGCUGCUUCUACAUGGAAAAAGAAAGCAGGUGAAUAUCUCGCUUAUCAUUACCUUCAUCAGCCCUUAAGCCUCCAUUCAAAAUCCGUCUGCUCAGGUCCUAUGACGAUACGGCCUCUGCUUUUCAGAGUACGAGUCCUCCCAGGUGCCUGAUAAGAAGAGGACAGUCUAUCAAAUGGCACUAAGUAAGAUCUGACCCCCGUCCCUCUUUGUGUUUCAAGAGGCCAUCUUUGAACAGGGUAACAGUAAUGUGCCUCUGCUUUUAAUUGUCUUAAGCUUUUGAUCUAUCUAUCUCUCUCUCGCUCUUUCUCUCUCUCUCUCACACACACGCACAUACCCGCACACUCUCUCUAUCUCUCUCUCUCUCUCUCUCUCUCCCCCAUUUCUCUCUCUCUCACACAUACGCGCACACUCUCUCUCUGUCUGUCAGAUAAACUGGAUGAGAUCCUGGCAGCAGCGCAGCACACGAUCACAUCAGACGGACAGGGGCAGCGGGGUCACGGGGGGAAGAGAGAACGAACCAAGAGCAUCGCCCCCAAUGAGGUACUGCAUCAUUCUCAGCAUCGUUAGUGACACUGAAUGAGUAACAUUUUGGAUGGGAGACUGUUACAGAGGAGUGUAAAUGCUUAUUUUAGGCUGGAUCAUGUUGUUGAAUUGUAUUGUAUUGUUGUAUGUUUUAAUUCUGUAAUGUAUUGAUUGUUGCUGCCUUCUUGGCCAGGUCUCCCUUGAAAAAGAGACUCUGGGUCUCAAUGGGCCUUUCCUGGUUAAAUAAAGGUUAAAUUAAUAAAACAUUAAAUUACUCUACCAUGACUGUACCUGCAGCACCUACUGACCCUAGGGAUCAUACCCUCAAUUCAAUGACUGUGUCUGCAAUGCUGGAUGUGAAAUCGACCUCACAGCCUAGGAUGUGAACUUAUUGCUUUCUCCAUAUUGCACUAUAUCACUUUUACUGCCAAUGCAAGUUUAAUUCGCGUCACUUUUUCCCGUUCUCCGCAUCUCUCCCUGUGUGUCUUGCAACACAUUAAGCCAAGUCAUGACCAGUUGGUCGGUGUGAUGCAGCCUGGGUCUGGCUACAACCAGGGUCAGUAUCCCCCCGGCCAGCCGCAUGGAGUAAUGCUGCGACAGAAAUCUAUUGGUAAGUCCUACCGAUACAAUUACUAUGGUAGUUACUGUCAAAAAGCCACAUUCUGACUGUUGUAAAUUAACUUUGCUUUCCAACCAGAUAGUGUAACUGUUUGUCCCUGUUUCAGGUGUGACGGAGGAGGAGAGGCAGUCCCUCCACACCCCGGCUAUGAAACUGUCCCGUAGUCUGUCGGAGGACAUCCCCCCUCCCCCCAGCACAUCCCCCCCAGAACCCCCCUUAUCUGCUGGCCCCCACACUGCUCGGAGGGGGGAGCAGUCUGCCCCCCAGCCCCUGUCCUCCCAGGCCCACUACCAGGCCUUCUCCACCCAGCAACAGGCAGGCUGGGACAAUCAACAGCACGGCAUGACCACCACCCUCCAGAGAGGAGGAGGACAAUACACAGGGGAUCUCACGGAGGGGACGAGGAGAGGAGGGGGCAAAAUGGGGGCAUUGAGGAGGGGCUACAGUAGUGCUACUCCACCUACAAGCGCAGCUCCCAAAACUCAGCAGCAACCCCAGCAGCAACAGCAGCCGCAGCAACAGCAAGUGGCGACCCGGGAGAGGGGCGGAGGGGCAGGCAGGGGCGGAGGAGUCAGGAAGGGCGGGAGGGGCCCUCUAGUGAAGCAGCCCACAGUGGAAGGCGGGCUCAGCAGGCACCACAGAGGGGGGCAAGGCCAGGGGGGUAAAAGCUCAGUGGCCAAAGAGAAGAGCUCCAUCCCUAUCCCCACCAUCAUAGUCAAGGCCCCCUCCACCAGCAGUGGCAGUGGCCGCAGCAGCCAGGGCAGCAGCAUGGACGCCGAGCAGCUGCCUCCCGACAUAGACGACCCUACCUCCUCCCCUGCCUCUCCCGACACCCCCACCACCCCCGGCCUGCCUUCCAUCGUGGCCCCCUCACCACCCCAGCCCCCUGUCUCCUCCCCCAUGACCCCUUCGACUGUCGCCCCCCAGCUGCCCCCUGACCCGGAGAACCUGGACUUCAGCACCCAGUUCGGGGGGGCCUUCGUCGGGGCAGCGCGCCGGGACCGGGAACGUUUCCGUGACAUGAGGAGGAAGAGUGCCUCCUUCUUCCUCUCCUCCGAAGAGGACAUUCAAGGGGAGGCGGGGGGAGGUGGAGGGGUAUGGACCAAGCCCCUACAGGGGAUGGAGAUGGAUGUCCCCACUCCCCGCCUCCGCCCCUCCAAGUCCAUUGACGAGGGCAUGUUCUCUAGGGACAAUUACGUCCACUACGCCAGCAGUAUGCCCCCUGCCUUUGGGCUGCCUGAGUACCACUCCCCUGUGAUAGGCCAGGAUGGCCAGCCCAAGUCCGCUCCCUCCAACUACGGCCCAGGCUCUCCGGCCACCACCUUCAUCCACCCUCUGACUGGGAAGGUCCUGGACCCCUCGUCCCCCCUGGGCCUGGCGCUGGCUGCACGGGAGAGGGCCCUCAAGGACGACCGGAGGACCCGACGGGAGGAGCGGCACUUUGGCCGGCAGAUGUCCAGUGUGGGGGUGUUCCCUACAUCUCUCCCGUCUCCCACACCAUCCCUGUUCCCCACAUCCACUGCCACCACCUCCCACGCCUCCCUGAACCGCCCACAGUCACCCAGGAUAUUACGCUUGGGAGGGGGAGGAGAGAGAGUGGAGAGGGACCAGGCGCCUGGAGCUAGAGAGGGCCUCAGAGUUCGCUUUUCAGAGGACAGAACCAACCAGUACCAGACCCAGUAUUACCAACAGAGUCCUAGAGACAGGGAGCCACCUGGCCCGCCCAUGCAGCCGCCCGGCCCGCCGCCUCAGCCUGCACCCCGCAGACCCUCGUUCCUGCAGAUGGAGAGCAGUGCAAACGCUAGCUACAUCCCCCAGUACACCCUCGCUGCAGCCCCAGCCCACCCACAUGAAGGUGCGGGAGAGGGAGGAGUAGGAGGAGGACUGGGGCUCAUGGUUCUUCCCCCGCCUGCCCCCUCGAUAGACUUGGAUGAUGAGUUUGUCUUUGUUGACCCCCUGCCCCCUCCCUUGCAGUUCGCCAACGGCCAAGGUCAGAGAGAACUGCAGAAGGGAUACCCUCAACAGCAUCAACACUCAGCUCAACACGCCUCUUCCGCCAUGCCACCCCCGCCGCCCCCUCUCCCCUCUCCUAAAGUACCUCCACCAGGAGGCUUCCCCUCCAACGCCCCCCUCCCCUCCCCCCAGGCCGGGGACUCUGCCGCCUCCAGCCUCACAUCCUACGACAGCGAGGUGGCCAACCUCACCCAGUCAGGUCUAUCUCCCUCCCUCCCUUCGCCCCAGAUAUUCCCCCCUUCCUCCACCACCACAGCCGCCUCCAUUUUACCCGGACCCGCACCCUCACUCCACAGACCCCAGCCCAUGUCCCAUGCACACCCCUUCUUCAGUGGCCCCACCGUACCGGUUAACCCUGCUAAUAUGGGUGCCCCUGCUCCCCCAAUGACCUUAGCACAGGACCGAGGCCCGGCCACCCUCACUACGACUAUGACCUACGCCACAACAAUGACCAUGACCGCCGCCACUACUACCACAGCCUCUGCGGUGUCGUCAGACUACAAUGCAUCUCUGACAGCCCCCAGAACCGCCAUCAGCGCUGCAGGCAAGGCAGGAGACCACCACCCCUCCAUGAGGAAGACUGGCGACUGGCAGACAGAGACGGUGGUGGACUCUGGGAUCGAGGAGCUGGACAGCCACAGCAGCAGCGACCAGCACCUGGAAAUACUAGGAGUGAGUGGACUGAGGGGUGAGAGAGGAGGAGGAGGAGUGGAAGGGGAGAGAUGGGGGGGUGAGCACCCGGAUCCUUACAUGACCUACUCAGGCGGGCAAGCGUUUGAAGCGCACCACGCCAAACCCACGGCCAAACCCACCGUGUAUCCAAAGACGAUGCAGUACAAAGAGGGCGGUAUCAAGGACACAAGGGAAGCGUUGCGUCGACAGGUGAGCACCAACCCGCCCUACCAGAGCACCCCACCACACCCCCAGAGACAGGCUAACCCAGAGGAGGAGGCCAGGAGAGGAGAGGGAGGAGCAGCGGACGAGAGGAAACAACGCAGACAGAGUCGACCCAAGAUGGAGGACGGCUUCGGUUCCACCCUGGGUGCCUGUCUGGAGCGGCCCAACACACUGGAGCAGAGGGGGUCAACAGAGGGGGUCGACUUGGGACAGGGCCUGGAGCGAGGCGAGGCCCAGAGGGGUGGGAUGUCUAUGGAGGGGCGCAGGCUGCACUCGCCCCUCUCGGGGGUGAAGGCCAGCAUCAUCAACGAGCUGAGCUCCAAGCUGCAGCAGAUGAGCAAUAAGAGCACAGACGACUGGGGUCAGUCUGAGAUGCGAGGUCAGAGUCCCAUUAGUCCGAGGUCGCCCACAAUGCACAGGUGAGGCUGCUGCUGUUUAGUCAAUUCUAAAUGUUUCACUAAGUGCAUUGUGUACUGAAGCACAAUAACCCCUUUUACUUUUCUUCUCUUUCAGAUAUUCGGGGGAUUUCUCCGUCUCAUUUCAGAGCCCCCCCACGGCCGGCUCCACUUCCCCCUUACCCACCUCCUCCCCGCAGCAUCGCCCGCCAAUCCUCACCCCCAAUCUCACCGCCACCCCCUCUGGCUCGCCCUCCCACCAGCCCACGCUGCAGCCCAACUGGACCCACUCCCCCUCUCCCCAGAUACCCACCUCCCCCUCUCACUCCUCCCACCCUCCCCUCUCCCCCACCUACUCACCCUAUCCCACGUCACCCAAACAUCGCACUAAGUACCGUGGAGCCAAGAUAUUUGACUUCCAGUGUACCCCUGGUCCAGAGCUGAGGUCGUCUGUGUCCCGCCGGCGCGCCCCCAGCCCCCUCAUAUACUCCACAGACCGCCCCAGCCCCGCCCCUACCAGACCCACUUCCCUCCCCAUCCUCCCCAGCACCCAUGUCUACAACACCCCCUUUGAUUUUCCCAAUCCUCUCACCCCUUCAUCCCCAGGCCACGCCCUAGGAGACCCUUAUAACCCCUCCACCCCUCCUCUCUUCCCCACAUCCCCACAACCUCCCUGUGCCCUCCUGGUCUCCCGCUCCCUUUCCCCCACCCAGUUCCUCUCCGGUGCCUCCUCACCCUCCAUGCACCUGCCCCCCUCUCCGUCCUGCCUCAGCUACCCCCAUCUCACCCCUCCUCCCCCAGCCAAGCCCUUUACCAUCAAGCCCCUGUCCUACUGGACCAAGUGGGACGUGGCCGACUGGCUGGCCUACCUAAACCUGGGGGAGCACCGGGAGCGCUUCCUGGACAACGAGAUCGACGGCUCCCACCUGCCCUCCCUAACCAAGGACGACUUCCUGGAUCUGGGGGUGACGCGCGUCGGCCACCGCAUGAACAUCGAAAGAGCACUGAAGAGACUGACUGACAGGUGAGGAAGGAGCGGCAUGAACAGAGUCAACGCACAGACAGAGGCUACAUGUCAGCCAGGUGGCAAGUGGAAAUAACGAGAGAGAAAAAGAAGGAUGGAUGGAGAAGGAAAGACAAGUGCCUCUUUCCUUCCCUGCGAGCCAGAUGAUUCCAUCCCCUUCCCUUUUAGUCAUAAAGCAUUUUAAGUUAAGUUAUUCCAUCUCUCUCUCUCUCUCAUAUUUCAUUUACUACAUUCACUCCUUAUUCAUUUUCUAUUCAUUCUUAUUUCUUGAUUUACCCUCCUCCCUCUUUCCUCAGGCUCUUCUCUCCAAUGCAUGACCCUAGCCCCUCCCCUGAGCCACAAACUGAGAGAGUGAAAGAUGAGGUGACUCAGAGCUCAGAGAAAGACAGAGAAACAAACUGA